AUGCUUUGUCAACUGUUGCUCAUAUCUUCUAUAUCAUUACUAUUCAGAUUAACUUAUGCCUAUAGAAUUUGUUCUAAAGAAUCAAAUCCUACAAAUUAUCUGUUUCUAAAUAUUUCUAGCCAACUGAAAAUUCCAUUAAUACCAAUUAAUUGUUUUCAAUGUCAAAUAGCACACCAAAUUGACAUUCAGCUGAUUGACGAACAACAAUUUCUUGGCAAUCGAACUAUUCAACGCAUGAAAAUUCUUCUGAAGAAUUUCGAAAUUGAGGAUACAUCUUAUAUUUGUUUGAUAAAAACGUGUCCGAUCAUCGUGGAAUACGGAAGUGAUUCUAUACUUUUGAAUAUCACUUCACCAUUAUUCUCCCAUGUAUUUCUAUCAAUGAUCUAUUUGAAAGAUGAUAGCCAGUCGAUAUUAUGUUCGAUUUACACCCGUUUCGCUCUUAUUCCAUCCAAUUCACCAUUGACAUGUACAGAAAAAAUUCAUCUUCAUCCACGAAAAAUGAGUCUCAUCUUUGCACAAAUAAGUAUCUAUGAUUGUCGAGCAGAUACCUUCAAAAACAAUAUCUAUCAAAACUCGAUUCAAUUUCAACACACGAAUAUUCCUGUUCCUAAUCAAACGAACACAAUGAAAACUUCCGAGAAUCCAUGCGAAUACUUCUUCCAAAAUAUCGCUUCUUUGCCAAAUAUGACAUCAAUCCAAACAGACGAACUACUUACAAAAGUAACAAUCUAUCCAUUACUUAAUUCAUGGAAUAGAGAUUUGCAAACGUUCGAUGCAUGUCGUACAAAAUUGAUCCCAUAUCGAGAAAUGUCAUUUACCGAUGAUAUUAUUGGUAUUCGAAAUAUUUACAUUGAACCAGGAGAAACGAUUCAGAUGCGAUGUCCAAUCGAUGGUUCAGAAGAAUAUUUGAAAUAUACAUGGUACUACCAGCGAUAUCGACCAAAAUAUGAAAUAUCCCAUAAUCGAACAAUUGUAUUCACUAACAUUACUGAGCAAAUUCAAGGUAAAUAUAUGUGUAUUGGUGAUGAUGGAAAUGAAGUGUUAGAAUUCGAAAUGAUGCUGCAUGUAUUACAAGUGAAUAGAACGAAUACUAUCUAUCUUCACCCGAUAAUUAUAAUGUUUUUCAUUACUCUUCUCAUUCUGUUCGGUGUAAUAAUCUCAGUAAUUGUAUGUUAUUCAUUGAAGCAACGCUGUUCACCAUCUCGAACUUGCAAUUAUCCCAUAAACAAGUGUAAAUCUCUCACUGUCCAUCAUGACGUGACAGUAACCAUCCAACAAUCAUUCGAUCAACAGAAGAUCAAUUCGUUUUGGAAUCAAAUGCCAUAUUACACGUUCGAUUAUAUUGACCAUCAACCAGUAUAUUCGUCGCCUUCCACAGAUACUUCAUCGUGGAUAGAGACAUCGAAUUCUGACCUGCGACAAGAACAGAUCGCUCAUCGAUUUUCUACGCGCCAACGAAACGUGAACGGUCAACCACCAACACAACUAGCCAUUCAACUAUCAUCCAAUAGUGAAAUAACUCAAAUACCUUUAGCAAAAUCAACGCAAAUAUCGGAUUCAUUUCAUGAAAGUACUAUUGACCAAUCUGACGAUGUGCAAAUACUUCAUAUAUCCGUCCCAUUCUUGAAUUAUCAUCCAACGGUUCAAUCGAGCAGUUCGAUCAUUUCAUUUGAUAGUCAAAUUGAAGUUGAUCAGUUCAAUCGAAUGACUUCGCUGUGUAUGGAUAAUGAAGCAUUAUUAGCUGAUAAACAAUAA